AUGGAAUUAGAACAAAACCAGAUAACCAGAUGGGAAGGCUAUGUGAACUGGAGGAACAAGCCUGCUCUCAGAGGCCGCCAUGGUGGCAUGCUUGCAGCCUCUUUUGUUUUGGUGGUGGAGAUAUUGGAGAAUCUGGCAUUUCUAGCCAAUGCAAGCAAUUUGGUGCUGUAUCUGAGGCAAUACAUGCACAUGUCCCCUUCCAAAUCUGCCAACAAUGUCACAAAUUUCAUGGGAACUGCUUUCCUCCUUGCCCUCCUUGGAGGUUUCUUAUCUGAUGCUUUUUUCACAACUUAUCAUAUCUAUCUGAUAAGCGCAGUGAUCGAAUUCCUGAGAUUUGUUCAGUCAAGUUUGAACAUGGAAAGUAACAUCUGUUGUCGUUUCGGCUUUCUCAAAAACACAUGCCCUUCUCUUCCAGGGGCUGAAGUGGGGUUGAGCACAUGGCCUAGGUCCACUUACGUGGCCAUUUCUCAUCAACAGAGGUUGACACUUCCUUAUUUGGUCACAUUUUUGAAAUGGUACUCGUUUGUACUACUCUUUUAUGUGUAUGGCUGCUCACUGGUUGACUUUCAUGAUUUCUUGUUCAUAAGCGCAUUCAGAACUCAAACAGGAUUGAUUGUGCUGACUGUACAAGCUCGUGUGCCUUCACUAAAGCCACCAGCAUGUGAUCCAACCACCCCAUGUCAUGAAGUUACUGGUGGAAAAGCAGCAAUAUUAUUUGCUGGACUUUAUUUGGUGGCUCUUGGAGUUGGAGGAAUUAAGGGGUCACUACCUCCACAUGGUGCUGAGCAAUUUGAUGAGGCUACCCCAUCUGGAAGGAAGCAAAGAUCAACCUUCUUCAACUACUUUGUCUUUUGCUUAUCUUGUGGUGCUCUUAUUGCAGUUACAUUUGUUGUGUGGGUUGAAGACAACAAAGGGUGGGAAUGGGGUUUCGGAAUCUCUACUAUAAGUAUAGUUGUAUCUAUCCUUGUGUUCUUGGCAGGCUCUGCUACUUAUAAAAGCAAGAUCCCUUCUGGAAGUCCACUCACAACCAUUUUCAAGGUACUAGUUGCUGCUUCACUUAACGGCUACUUCAAUAGAAAUUCUAGCAGUGCAGUGGUGAAUAUGAAUUCAAGCCCUUCUAAUCUAUACUCAGUUAGAAAACAAGGAGGAAAAGAACCUGCCAAUGCAAACAAGGAAAGUGAAGCCCCAACAAAGACCCUAAAAUUUCUCAAUAGAGCACUUGAAAAAAAUCCAAUGUGUUCAUCAAUAGAGUGCACUGUGGAGCAAGUAGAAGAUGUCAAGGUAGUGCUGAAAGUACUACCCAUAUUUGCUUGCACCAUUAUGCUAAACUGCUGCUUGGCUCAACUAUCCACUUUCUCUGUUGAACAAGCUGCAACAAUGAACACCAAACUUGGUUCACUAAAGGUGCCACCAUCCUCUUUACCAAUCUUCCCAGUUCUCUUUAUCCUGAUCCUAGCACCAGUUUAUGACCACAUCAUCAUCCCAUUUGCAAGAAAAGUGACCAAAACAGAGAUGGGAAUUUCUCACCUCCAAAGAAUUGGAAUUGGAUUGGUCCUCUCUAUUGUGGCCAUGGCAGUGGCAGCGGUUGUUGAGGUAAAAAGGAAAGCGGUGGCUACUCACUCAGGCCUUUUAGAUGAUGCAACCAAACCACUCCCUAUCACAUUCUUUUGGAUUGCUUUCCAGUACUUGUUCCUUGGAUCUGCUGAUCUUUUCACCUUGGCUGGAUUAUUGGAAUUUUUCUUCACAGAAGCACCAUCUAGCAUGAGAUCUUUGGCCACAUCACUCUCUUUUGCCUCUUUGGCUGUGGGAUACUACCUUAGUUCAGCAAUUGUAUCAAUUGUAAAUAGUGUCACUGGUAACACCUCACAUAGACCAUGGCUAUCUGGGGCCAACCUUAACCACUAUCACCUAGAGAGGUUUUACUGGCUUAUGUGUGUGCUAAGUGCGUUGAACUUCUUACAUUACCUGUUUUGGGCUAUCAGAUACAAAUAUAGAGGAACAGGAACAACAACAACCGGAUGA